UUUGAAUAAGUAUAACCUCUUCUUAACAGGCCUUUAUAUCAAAACUAAGUAACAAUAGCCUAAAUGCUCCAAAUACCACCUAACUGUGGUUAUUUCUUCUGUGAAGUGUUGGUUGAAAAACUACUUAUUCACAAGGGUUAUACAAAGAGUGAAAAUGAGAAGGUUUUUAUUGGUAAAAUUGUUAUAUUUCAUUGUCUUCAGCAGUUUAACGGACCUGGCCAAAUGUCACUUUCUUGUAAGACACAGUUGACUGUUUGAUGAUUAAAUAACUUGACAUGACUUUAUUUCAACAAAUGAGAAUCUGUCAGCCUCGGUAUAUUUUGUAGAUUGUAGAAAUAUCGAUGAAUAAAUCGGCUCAGAUGAAUAUUAGUAAUUCUAAGGAUAACGGAUCGAUCUAACGGUUCAACUUCCUCUGUCUGGAGCGGCUGCCCUCCUCAAAGAUCGUCUAACAAAAUAAUGAGACACGAGGUGCGAAAACAAUGUACAGCUUCAGCUCUACAUUCUUAAAUGUUUCUUUGAAUAAAUAAUUCUGAGGAGGAUCAUAGUAGGCAUACAAAAAUACCAUGUCACUUUCACUGUGGUGAUUAUUAAUCCUAAUUAUUUCACAAACAAAUGGUAUCUAGAUAUGUAAAGCCUUUGGCAUUUGAUGAUCUGAAUUCCGACUUUUCGGGAUUCUGACCUAUUGUAAUCGGGAUUCUAAGGAAGGAAAGCAUACAUUUUAUUGUUUUUCUAUGGGCUCACAGCGCUAGUUGAUCAUAAUUUUGGAUAGUACCUGAUAAAAAAUAAGCCUUUUACUCGGGGAUAAAUGAUCAAUCAGCAGAAAUUGAGGUCAUCCUUCUUUCCCUCAGACUCUGUUACUCUAAAAUAUCCUCAGAGUAAGCCCUCUUGUUUCAUUCUUCUCUCUGCGCUGCACUUAUGUCAAAGUCUUUGUGCUUUUCAAGACAGCGAGGCGACAGAAGGAAAAAAACAGCUGGAUCUGUGGCUCAGCUAGCUAUAUCUCUCCCGGAGCCAGCGCUUUCUCCUCGGCUGCCUGACUCUGAUAAGGUACGGUACCAGCAGAUUGUCGGUGAAGCAGAAGACACGGCAGGUUUAGCGGCGCCGGGCUCGCCUUUACCUGAGCUUUGACCUCAUUUUCCAGCCUGUUAGCCUGUUAGCUUCCCAUUAGCCUGUAUGGAUGCUGAUUAGCCAGCUAGCUUAGUGUUAGCUAAUUAGCCCUCUGAUACCACAGCAGCAGGUAUCAGAUGAAAUGAACCGUAAUAAAUAAAACAAGAGUAAACCGCCUACUUUAACACAAAAACGGCGUUAUUGCCUCUAAUGUUUCAGCCGUCAAACCAUCUAAGAGUCUGUGCUUCUGUUUCUUAUCUAAGGGUACCAAAGAGAGAUAUUAGGGGGAAAUGAGGCAAAAAUGACAGAUACUGUUUGGCUUGACUUUAAAGAGUCAGUGGGUGUUCUUCUUUACCUUCUCAGAGUUAUCAUCAUUAAAACAGAUUAAUUACAUAAACAUUUUAGUUUAACAGUGUUUUAAACUAGCUGUGAGACUGAUGGUUAUAUAACUGAAUAACUUCACUUUAAUAGUGACUCAGUUCAUUCUCUGUUUAAAUAUCCUCUAUCUCUGACAGGCUGUUAACUCCAAAGAAUUAUCAGCUUUAUUUUAAUGUUUGCUUCACAUGCUUUCUUGCGCCUUCAUAUUAUAUUUGUGAACAUGAAAUAGGAUCAGCUAAUGUAGUUAAAUGAGAAUGAAUAGUUUAUGUCUGACAACACUAAAACUGUCUGGAUAUGAGUGUUUUAAAUCUUAAAUCGCUGUAAUGUUGGAAGUGAACAAUAAUACUCUGUUUGUGUAACAUCAUGUAGAAUCAGGGAUUUGGAGAAAAUAUCGACAUAGAAAUAGAUUAUUGUCCUGACCUGUGUGAGGGUACAGAUCGAUAUUUAAAAUGGUUUUACAAAAUGUAAAAAUGGCCUUUUAAUCAGAUAUAUCUCACAGUGUGACUCCCUACUUCAUGACAUUAAUAAAAAUAACAUAUAAUCAAAACAAUAGGAAGUUUUAAGUUCUUGUUUGUGUGCAACAAACCAGCGUGAUGCACAAAUCUCACUACUGAAGUAAUUUACACCCUGGUGACAAGUUUCCGUUUAUUCACAGUACAUGAAGAGGUCCACAUAAACAAGCUGCUAACAUUUGAUGGAGCACUAAAAGCUGUUUUUACCAUUAAAUCUCCUUUUUUUUAAAUAAAUGUGCAUAUUUGCAGUUUUUGUGAUGAAAUUAUAUUUACAGAGUUAAAACAUGGAUGUUGUUUCAACUCAGUGAAACCAAACCAAAGUACUUGAUCCUUUAUUUCCUCAUUUUAUCAGAUAUUAUGCUAUAUUGUCAUAUGACUAUUUUUAAAAUAUUUCACUUGUCAUAUUAUAGUUGAAUACUGAUGGAUUAUUAUAGCCAAUUCUUGCAUAGUGUGCUGUAUAUGGUUUCCCAUCGCCAAUUGUUACAAUACCAGAAUACUGCAUUUUUGAUAUGAGUAAUUAUAAAGCAAUAUUAAUAACACUUGUUACAAUACUUCAGAGACAGAAAUCAAACUCCCGACCCUGAAUAUUUAGUUUUUUUUAACUACACACUGCACACAAUUGAGGCUCAGAAAUGAUUUCAACACUUUAGUGUCUGUUUCAUGGUUUUGUUCUCAUCAGCUGUGCUCGCUCUUUUCACUUCAUCUCAGUGUAACUCCACUACGCUCUCAGCUUUCGGUUGAACAUGUUGAUCUGUCUUAUACUUUGUCAGUAUACUAUGAGUGCAAACUGCAUAGUUCCAAAGCACAUGGAGUUUAAAAGAAUUGAAGUUUAAAACUUUGAUAAACCAUCGUCCAUACACUGUUCUUUAUGUGUGUGAAAAGAAGUUGAAUAGUUUCUGUUGUCCAGACCUGAAAUAUGGAGGCAGAAACUUUUACUUUUGGACAAUCUGACUCUAUGAGCCAACGAGUCAGUCAGUCCUGCUUUAGCUCUUUGAGUUUGGGCAGGACACAAACUUCGAAAAACCAACUAUGAGUUGGGACACCAGAAACUCAGAGUGCUGCUAUUUUUAAGUUUCUAUUUUUAUCCUGCCUCAUGCACAACGGUUUACAUGAAAUCUAGGAGUUUUGCUGCGGGGGAAUUCUCCUUUUUUAAUAAGACUCAGCUGGCAGUUUCACCUGACCUUGAAGAGAAAUUUAAAGUUACACAGAUCUAAUUUCACUCACAGAAAGACUAACCUAAUCUCUCUCCGAUUCCCCUGAAAAGUCCUGCUCAUGUUUCUUGACUGGAGUCCAAAAAGCUCUCUCUGAUUGUUUUUGUGUCUCUCAGUCUGGACGGGUUUAGAGUCGUCAGCUGUUCAUAUAAACAGAGAGAGCAGACAUCCUCCUCUUUCUUAUUUUGAUCCACUUUUAUUUUUGAUGUCUGCUCUCUUGCCUGGACUGUUGUUAUCAAGGAUGUUAGGCUCGACUCUUUCUCAAAGCUGCAAUCAGAGGUUUUAUUUGGACGCGUUCAGUUCUGCAGUCGCUCCCACACUGUCUGAAAACAGCUGCAUUCGCACAUGAAAGCUGCACAGUUUGCUGCUCUCUGAACAUCCUGUAACCAUGGAGAGAACAACAUUUAUUUCUAAACAUAAAGUAACCUCUUGUUUUGAUUAUUUAAGGAACACGUUAAGCAGAUAAAAACAGAAAACUGUCACCACACAGCCAGAAAAAAUCACCAUAAACACCUUUUAAAGGACGCUGUUUUGCUGGAGUGGCUGUCAUUGUGCACACCUCUGCACUUCACUGUUAACUGUUGUAACCUCUGCUGCUGGAGAGUCUUUUCUACAUGUCUUUUUUUGGCUGUUCUUACACAACAGAGCUGGAGGCAGUCCAACAAAUAAAAGAAAAAAACAGAUCUUACUGGAAGAGGUAAUAGAAGAUAAGGAGAAAAUAGCUUACAGAGCUUAGAGAGGUGGUUGCAGCUGUAGUUUCACUUUGUACUGUGUGUUUCACAUGAGAAGUAAACUCAAGUGUAACAGCUGAUCGCACCAAGAACUGCUCCUCACGUUCUGCCUAUCUGAAGGUCAGAUUCACAACACAUAAUACUAAUGAUCAAACACGCUCAGUAAGCUCUGCAGCUUCAUACAGUUUGUCCCCGUAUUGCGUCGAUUUGUGGAGAUGAGCUGUCGGCAUCUCUGCUCUUAAAUGAUGGCAAAGCUGUGAUGCUAGAGUCAGAUGAAGCUUGACUUGAUUCUUGGUGUUUUUAAACUGAGACAAGGACAUUGGUCCAGUUAACUCACCUCAUAUGACAACAACUGUGGCUCGUCUUGUCAUCUCUCAUCUAAGGGUAAACACACCGAUUAAGUCCUGCAGUAUGCUAUUGUUUUGUUUGUGUUUGUGGAGGUGAGUUGUCAGUGUCUCUGCUUGUUGCUCUUGUGUGCACUCUUAUCCUCACAAGACUCAAAUCUGUCCACAUACAGAGCCAACAUUAGAUGAAACCACAGGUUUUACUGGAGUUAAGGCUCACUUUCACCAUUUUGAUUGUUUUAUGUUAGGUCUUUUUUAUUUAUUUUAAUAUUAAUGAACAAUGAUUUAGACAUGAGCAAGAUUUUUUUUCAGUUUUACUUAUGUUACUCGCUACUCACUUUAUAGACCGUGUAUAAGCUUAAACAUUACCCUUUACAUUGAUAAAAGAGGGUCCGACAGGAUUUGAUGCGCUCCUUGAUGACUCACAACAAGUCGGAAAUAACGUUGUUUGUUGUUGUGCGAGUAGAAUCCUCAGUGGCGCAUUGAUAUUAAUGAUCAUGUGAAAUUUUUAUUAGUGGCGCAUGUAAUUUACCAGGGGCUGUUGCCGAAUGAAUGUAGGGUAAACCCUGCUGAUACAUAUGAGUCAGAGGUAGAACUGUCUGAGAUAAAAACACAUUUUUUAGGUGUGGCGGCUUUUAUUUAGCCGUGGUGGUGCGCCACGAUCAAUUGCAUGUAGGGGAAACCCUGUCAUACGUUUUAAAACCUUGGUAUCUUUGUUGGUUUUGCUCUUGAUAGUACAGGAAGAAGUACCAGUUGAAAUUGAUACUCCUAGUUUUAACUCAAAGCUGCGGGAAGACAAAUAGAAGGAGCAGUGGUGAGAGAGUCACAUAGAGACAGAGUGAGGAGAGCGAGUGCUGCAAUGAAAACAAAACACACUGACAAUAACCAGGGGGAGCUCUGGAGGUUUUGGCUUCGCUAUUGGGAAGCAGUUGCUUCAACCAUCUUCUCAUUCAGCUUGUUUACUGAACACAAUGCCUAAAUAACCACAGCUGUGAGGAAUCACCUCAUCUGUAUAUUGAACAUCAUUCAGACUGCCUGAUAGAGUAGAUAAUUCAAUGACUUUACCAUCCAUAUAAGAUCAGUCACCUUUUGUAUCGGUGAGGAAUAUUUCACACUUUUAAUGUUACUUUUUCGGUUCAGGUUUGGCGUGUGCACUGUGUCUUUAAAUCUUAAAGCUCUCAGAGUCACGCCGCACUUUGAUUGGCCCCGAUAAUCCUGCUGUUUGCUGCCUUUGAUCAUAGGAGCUCAACCACUUUGUGAAGUUGACACUUUGGGAUUUACACUGUUUGAAACCUUCAGUAUUACUAAGGAUUUGAAGAUCUUCAAACGACACACUUACAGUAACCCUCUGUGAGCUGUGAGAGUGACGCAGGUUAACAAGCAGCAGCAGUUUGUCCCACAAAAACACUUUUAACCCAGUUUUCAACUCCACUGUUCUCCGUUUCCUGCAGCUAUUUCCUGUGUUUUAUUCCUGCAGAUCGAAUCAGUUCCACAUUCAAACCAGAGGUGUUUGUCCUCACUGUAUUUAUGGGUAUGAUGAUGCUUCAGAAAGAAGACAAAUUAAGAGUUUUAUGACUUUAGGAUUUCGGAUUUAACCAAAGGUUAUUACAGGUUAGAAACUUCAAACAACUCUAGAGGAAUAAGAAGUAGGAAAAAGAAAAAAAAAGAAUUAAAGUUUUUUACUGGAUUACAGUUUCCAGACAUCAUUACAGUGUUUUCUUGCCUUCUCAAACAUUUGUAUUUUUUCAGUGCAGCUGGUUGUGCAGCUGAUGAUGUGGUGUGAAGAUGGAGGCUCCUGAGUACCUGGACCUGGACGAAAUCGACUUCUCUGAUGAUUCAGUGGUGAGUGUAAAAGUUUAAAAAGCUCAUUUGUUUCUGCGGUUUCAAAAUAACUACUGUUGACAGAGCUCCAUGGAAACGUCCCCCUCUGACCCAGACUUGCAUCAGUUUAGGACUUUCUUUUCACAUCUUGUGAUGUAGAGACACAGUUUUGCACUUGAAUAGACUGCAUGAAUUGCUUUAUGAAUAAGUUGUAUGACAGAGACAUUUAGCCACUCUGACACUAGUAACCUGGUGUACAUCCAAAAAUUUGGGGGUUGAGGAUGAGUGAGAAACAGAAACUAUAGAAAUGUAAUAACUGACUAACCUUGAUGGCUGGUUUGUGCCAAACUGCUCAGAAAGUCACUUUAUUUUUCCAACUUUUGGUCCAAAAAAUCCCACCAACAUCUCAUUGUGUGUCUCGAAUUGUAACUGCAUCAGCAACACUUCAACAGCUGCCUCUUCUUGUUCAGCAGAGGUGGGUGCAAUUCACUGAAGUGUUGAUGUAUUGCGAUGCUUCACGUGAAGAUUCGGCAUCAAUUAAUUAACGUUGAUGCUUAAAAUUAAUAAAUCAACAAUAAUGUCGAUGCUUUGCCGGAAGGCCAGAACAGAGAAACAUGUAACUGGAACCUUAAUACCCGCGCACCGUCUGGACUGUUUAGUGAGUGGGACCACAACAUAGAGCAUGUUCGUUUUUUGCAAAAUGGCAACUGCUUCAGCUGCCUCCAAAGAGCGGCCGAUUCUCUCGCCACCGGGGUUGACUGCAGCUGAGGAAACAAGAUGACUGACAAGACCUACGCAAGAUUUGCAAGAUUUGUAAAGCAAAAAUAAAGUACCUCAGCAACACCACAAACGUGAGGCAGCACAUUGUACGCUUUUAUCCUGAAACAGAGAAGGAGACCAUCUCCAAACUUCUCAGUGUAAGUUCAGUAAGUCAAAGUGCAAAUGUGUACAUAGCAGUCAUACAGUCAUAAAAUAAAAUAUUUUGUGUCUUUGAAAAAUACAAGUCAAAUGUUAAAAAACACCUCAUUAUUUACUUAUUAAGUGUAGUUUUAGUGGAACUGAGGUAAUUGAUAGGCUAUUUAUUUACAAAUGUAGCCACAGGUGAAGACAAAAACAAUCUUGUAUGGAGAAAAGUUUCAGAGAUGGCAAUAAUCAAAGAAUCAUGGCACCAAUACUUGAAUGGAAUCAACAGUCAUUAUUACCGAAGAAUCAAAGCUCCCACCAUCGAAAUCGAAUGGAAUUGUGAGGUACUCUUGUUGGAACACCCCAACUAUUCAGAACCAGAUUCUGAAUUAUAUGUGGUACAGGUUCCUCUGGGGCACUCGCCAUGUUUGAUAUGAUGUUUUUCCACCUCUGCAUCAGUCUGCAAUCCCCCUCAGGCAGCCAAUCAGCACGGAGCCUCAUUAUCACAACGUCCCCAUCGAUUCAGAUCAUUGUAUGGAUACUGAGGUUAGAAACUGAGAGGCUGCAGAUCCUCCACAGAGGCUGAGUCUGAUUCAGCUUGAUUCAAAAGACAACCAGGACAUGUUGUAGACAACUAAAAACAACCAUUACGUUAAAAAUAAGAAUAACUCAACACAACGGCAUGGCCGGGCUAACACCAGCUAGCUAACACCAGCUAGCAUUUCAGUCCUGUGUUUGCAGAACAAUUAGUUCAUAGCUAUGAAAUCUGAAUACUCACGAUGAUGCUGACUGAUCGUCCCAGUGCUGUCAGACAUUAGAGCAGACUUGAAAUGAUCCCUGCAGACGUGCAUGAGUGUUGUGUUUCUGUUUAAGUUGAUAAGUCUAAUAAUCCGUCCACUCUGUUCAAAUACAUGUAGAAAGACUGAAAAAUAAACAAACGGGUAAGUCUUGCCUCAUGUUUCAGUCUGUGUGUAAUUACUGUAACACGACUGCUACUGCAGUGAACUAAUAUCUAAAAAUAACCGCUCUGCUCAGCUGCUGGACUGCUGUGUAAACUCCUCUGACAUCUCCCACUCUUAGUUUUUGUGUUUUCCUCCUCUGCAGUAUUCCGUGACAUCUCUAAAAAGCAUCCCUGAGUUAUCCAGAAGGACUGAUGGCCAGGCUGAGGACAGACCAGGUAACUAUGUUGUUGUCAAAAAGUGAAUCCAGAGAUAAAGACAUACAGAUUGAACUCUUUUAUACUCCUGAGUGUAAACUCAGCUGAUCUCCUGUCCUCUUCUCUUUCCUCUAUCAGCUCCAGCCAUUAACUGGAGUCGCAGUGUUUCCUCCCACAGCGGCGGGGGAAUCAAACCCACAGGCCUUGCUGAGGUCCACAGUAAAUUCAGACCUGUGAAAAGGGUCUCCCCACUCAAACACCAACCAGAAACCACUGAGUCUGACUCUGAUGGUAAAGUCCAGGGUCAGGGGCUUGGACUGGGGGAGACAGGGGAGAGCAGUAAGGAUGACCCCAGCUCUGACAAACAGACUCACGCCUCCUCUGAGGCCCCUGGAGUGAAGGUAAAAGGCCUGGGUGGAGGUGGAGGUGGAGGUGGGGUUGGAGGAAACAACCCACAGGCUCUCUUUGGGGAGCUGGAGCACUAUGAUCUGGACAUGGACGAGAUCCUAGAUGUGCCUUAUAUCAAGUCCAGCCAGCAGAUGUCCACACUGCCUCGAGUCCCCCACGAUAAGAGAACUGUGACAGGGAGCAACCUUGGAGGAGGCACUCUGGAGAGGAACAGAGGAGGACUGAAGAGCUCCUCUUUAGUCCACAACGAGCCUCUGAGUCUGGGCAGCAGCAGCAGCUCACAGACACAGGUACACAACAACUGUCCCGGACACAACCCCAGAACAAAAGCAUCACAAUGAUGAAGAGAGAGUGAAGAGGUGGAGUGAGGCGAGAGGAUCAGUGCAGGCAGAAGGCUGUAUGUCUUACAUCAGUCAUGUUUGUGUUGGGUCAACAUUGAAGCUUUUACAGGAAUGAAGUUCCUAAUGAGUAAAGAAGUUCUCUUGAUUGGAUUUUUAACUGUCAUGGAAAAUUAUUUUUCUUCCUUUUUCUCCUGCAGUACUGCGUUCUGUCUCCAGUGAAGUGGUCUGACCUGAGGAAGUCGAAGUCCAUGGAUCCAGACCUCCAUCACCUCCAUCGGUCCCCAGCUGGAGGAGGAGGAGGAUACCAGUCUGACCUUCUCCCCUCUGGACUCCUCAGCUGCUCCUCCUCACUGUCAUCUUUCUCUGAUGCAGGUACAAAAACAUCUCCGUGUGAUUUAAUCUGAGAAAAAACUUUAAGUCUGAGUCCAUGUUUGAACUUUAACCUCCAGACAAGCUGCUGUCUGCUCGGGUUUACCCAGACUCACAGAGCCAGAGGCCAGGCAUGGAGUCCUCAGGAGGCUCCGGCCUGAUGUUCCCCCUGCCUGGGUGCAGCAUGAGCAGGCAGGACGCCUCCAAACCCUGGGCUCCUGGAUCAGGAGGAGGAGGCAGCAGUGGGCCGAGGGGGUUUGGAGGAGGUGGAGGAGCAGGAGGGGAGGUGGAUGAGGAGACGAAGAAGAACCAGAACAUCAUCAACAUCGUCAGGGAGGGACAGAUCUCCCUGCUGGUGAGUGGGACUGGAAUGAAGUAUUCUUACUAAAGUAUCAAACCCUCCUCCUCCUCUUUGUUCUCCUCCAUUUUUACUCACCUCUGCCCCCCUUCAUCUCUUUCCUCCUUCCCCGCCUGCAGCCCCACCUGGCGGAAGAUAACCUGGAGCUGAUUAGAGAUGAUGACGGGAACAACCUGCUGCAUAUCUCGGCCUCUCAGGGUCAUGCUGACUGUCUGCAGCACCUCACCUCUCUGAUGGGGGAGGACAGCCUCAACGAACGCAACAACCAGCAGCUCACCCCCGCUGGCCUGGGAGUCAAGGUCAGUGUGUUUCAGUGUGUGUCUGUGUGCGUCUGUGUUUGUCUCUGUGUGUGCAGAUAUGAUUCAGUCUCGAUGGUAAAAUGUAAACAUAUGCAAGGUGGAGGGCUGAACUUCUGUGUGGCAUUUGUAUUUGCUGAAAAUGAUCAUAGAAAACAAGGAUUUGGAUUGGCUGUCGUCCGUCGGUCAGUGAGGUCAUGAUGGAGGUUCCUGGUAAAAUGAUCUAAACUCCAACAUCAGCCUGUUGGCAGCAGCAGGACAUUUAAACGACUCAGCAUUGAAUCAGAGGAAAGCGAACACCAUAAAUACUGAGCAGGUCCUGUUUUUGUCUGCCUCACAGUGGAAACCAGCCUCUUGAUUGGCUGCCAGACAGGAAGCGUGUUUAUCUCGAGACAAGCCGGCAGCUGAGUCCUGAUUGGCUCUUAUCAGAAAGCCUCUUGUUUACUCACUCAGAUUAAUGGAGCGGUAGAUUUCUAGCCACCUGCUCCUGAAACAUUUUGGAUUCGUGUCGAUUGUGGGUUUAUAGAUCUGUUCACUAAGUCACACUGUGGAAAAGAAACGCUGACAGUUGGAGGUCACAAGUGCAGCAGAUAAAUCAAAAGCAUGUUCUCUUUAGUGAUGAAAACCUUCAUCCGUGUGUCUUUGUGUUGCAGAACGGUCAUCUGGAGUGUGUGAGGUGGAUGGUGAGUGAGACAGAGGCCAUCGCAGAGCUGAGCUGCUCCAGAGAACAUCCCAGUCUGAUCCACUAUGCAGCCCGCUACGGACAGGUAAGGAUAGGCUCAACAUCUGACAUACUGUCGAUUUUCAGUUGGAUGAAGAUUUUAAAUGAUUUCCGAACCAUCAUCUUCUGUCAAACUCAAACCAGGUUCAAUGUCUUCGUCUCUGUCCGUCUGUCCUCACAGGAAAAAGUGUUGCUGUGGUUGCUUCAGUUCAUGCAGGAACAGGCGAUCUCUUUAGACGAGGUGGACCAGAACGGAAACACGGCAGUCCACAUAGCAGCUCAGUACGGACACCUCACAUGCAUACAGGUGUGUGCCAAACCAGUAGUCACUGUCACUGUUUGCUCCCAGCUGUUCAUAAAAAGCUCCAGCAAGAACUUGAAGUACCUGUAAUUUAUAGUUUUCCUGAAGUCAUUCGCAGAUUUUUAAGUUUUUUUUUUGUUUCAGUCUGAUCAGAUUUCUGGUUUAGAAACCUUUACAUCUCCUGAUGAUAUCAAACCACAAAACUCCAGUCAUCUCCUGCUCUGGUUACUCUGCUCUGACUUUAAUUUAUUAAAUGUAUUUUACAGCCUGCCUCUCAAUUAGUGUUUUUUUUUUUUUCACUCUUGUAAUGUGGCACACCCGUAAGAGAGGCGGAUGUUAUCAGUCUUGUCUGCUUCCUGUUGGCCGGCCCGGCCGACAAUCAAAAUACUGAUAGUCAGUGAUAUGUGUUGGAUACAGCAGCUGUUUUUUUUCCUCAGCACUCGGAGUAAAAAUGACGAAGUUUCUGUUUUCAGAAACCAUUAUUGUUAUGACAUUAAUCUUGUUUUAAAUGAAUAUCUCUGCUUUCUUUUGCUGCUUUAAGACGCUGGUGGAGUACGGCUCCAACGUGACCGUCCAGAACCAGCAAGGAGAGCGGCCUUCCCAGAGUGCUGAGCGGCAGGGACACACUACCUGCGCUCGAUACCUGGUAGUCGUGGAAACCUGCAUGUCAUUGGCUUCACAGGUUGUUAAACUCACCAAACAGCUCAAUGAGUAAGUCACAGGGAUUUGAAGAUUUUCUUCUAAACUCAAACUCUCAGUCUUUGAAUAUUUGAUGCUUUAGUUAAAAAAAGUAGUUUUUAUUUUUUAUUUUUGUAGAGAUGAAGCUGCAGUCAGUGAUUAUAGUUACUAAACAAAAGUGUUCCUGCUUUUUCAGAGUUUCCAACAGCAUUCUGUCAUUUCUCUCAUUAUGUUUCUUCAGAAUGUUGAGUUUCAUUUCGUGCUGCACUCUUUAAGCCACAUCACUGCACACAGAAGAACACCAAAGCAACAUCAUAACUGUCUGUAAACUACACAAAUCUUUUCUCAGACUCACUUCUGAUCAGUUUAGAACUUUUUAUUUUUAUUGAGAAGUUAAAGGUGGGGUAGGCGGUAUUCUGUUACAGAAGCAUCUUUUUUUGUGGUGUAUAAACAUAAAAGCUUUUAAUAUCAGUCAGUAGCUAUUAGUUAUUGAUGACAUUUGGUCAUAUAAUGAUAUCACUGUGUUCUGUUAUGUCUGUGUAGUCAACAUUUUAACAUUUUUGAGCGGCCCACUCAUUCUGACUGUGGACAAAGUCAUUCUCUGCCUCCCCAAACCUGAUUGGUUGUGAGGUAAACACUGCCCCUCUCUUUGCUGCAGGACAGAAAGAUUCAGAAGAUCUUUUGUACCCACUGGCAUCAGACUUUAUAACUCUUCUGUAAAUAUUAUAUGACUUAGAGACAUGACAAAUAAGACGACAGACAAUUGAAUUUCCCUUCAGGGAUUAAUAAAGUUCUUCUUAUUCUUAUUCUUAUUAUUAUUCUUAUUCAUGCUGAUUGGUUGAAACGCCGGCUAUGUGACGACAAAGUGCAUACACGAGUGGACCCAAAACAAUCUUGUGACAAUGGCGGACAGUGGAAAGCAACUUGAGAAACCAGAGAAAAUGCCAUUUCCUCUUUUGGCCAUUACUGUCCACACUCCAAAAUACCGAGGACUGUUGCCAAAAAACAGGCACUCAAGAAGAAGAGAGACCAGGCAAGAAAUAGGGCUUAAGUAAAUAUCAGUGUAGCCUUUAAACGAUGGAGGACCGUAUGCAAUUUAAGAAAUUUUAGAUCAGAUGCCAGCUGUGAUUUAAAGUCUUCUUACCUUGGAAUCAGACAUGCUUCAAUGCUUCAGAUGGUCUAUUGAUAAGUCACUGGUAAAUUGGAGUGAUGUGAGCGAGCAUGAGCGUUUGUAUUGUGGGCGGGUCUUGCUGGAGCAGAGAGGGAAGGGGGCUGAGGGGAAAACUGAGGAGGGGAGGGGUGGUGUUUACUUUCAAGAUUUCUCCCAAAAUCUGGUGUUCAUUCAGAUCCUGUCUACCCCACCUUUCAUCUUUUCUGAUAGCAACAAAACAAAAACUUUUAUUUUCAGAUGUUCGUGGCCAACUUCAACCGUAGUCAGACCAAAACAAGGCCAAAGUGAGGACUGAUAUUACAGUGGAGACUUUGCUUCCUCUCUUUUACCUUCAUCUGUGCAUUUUAACUCAUCCAACAGCUUCAGGCUCUUUACACAGACCGGGUUCAUUUCCUUAUUUACUAAAACAACUGCUCACAUGGGUCCAGCAUGAAGCAGCCCUUGUACCUGCUGCUGUUGUCUGAAUCUUGUUUUCUGUCUGUGUUGUUUGCCGUGCAGACAGGCUGCAGAGAGGAUGGUCUUACAGAAACAACUGCAGAGGCUGAUGGACCCAAACAAGGCAGAGGGGACACCAUCUAGAUCCCCCAGGUAACUCACACACAAACCCCACAUAUGAGGCCUGCACUGCAGACAAAGAAAGUAUUUUAAAGCCACAAAUUCACACCAUCUUCUGAGAGCAGAAAUUUAGAUGUUUUUAUGAAAUUCAAAGCUACAGGUCAACAGAUUAAGAGACGUAGAAGGAAACAGAGGCUAUCAUGAAGUGUCAGAGCAGGUCAGCUUUGCUUUUACUUCCCGUUAGUGUAACUGGCUAAACCCACAGGAUCCAGAACAGCUCCGCUCUGGACCAGCAGGCGGAUCAGAUCCGCAAGCCUACAGCGCCCACUGGAUCCGACCUGCCGCCGCUGUUGGAGGAGAAGCGCUCGGGAGAUUACCAAUAUUUCUCGCGAGACUGGACGAGAUCUCACCAGCUCUCACGAGUAUUUUGCACUGUAGCCGCAUAAAACUUCCUCUCCUGCUUGUGCUGCGCUGCACUGAAUUGAUGCACUGUGCUCUGGCGUCUGGCAAAAAUAGAAGCCUUGCCUAUCUGACCCGGCCGCCGGAGCUGAUCCGCAGCGGAGCCGGACGCCGGACAGAUUCUGUGGAAUGACUCACAUUGAUUACAAUGCUUGCGGAUUUGAUCCGCCGGCCAUGCCGGAGCGGAGCCGUUCCAGACCCUGUGGGUUUUGCCCAUAAGGCUGUGUCUCAAUUCAGGGUCUGCAUACCAGUAGUGCAGAUUUUCAGUGUGCGUGACAUCAUCACGCGGCGCUUAGGGUUUCCCGUUUGGCUUGUGAUUCUGAGUGCCCUGAAAAUCCGGUCCCAUAACCACCCUGCCCCCGCCCCUUUUUCAAGUGUGCAUUUAUGCACACUUUGUGGCCUUGGAAUUCCCAGAAUUCUUUGCGUGCUGCUGCAAGGGGGGCAUUUCAGGUGAGACGUCAGACUCGCUUGGAGACGCAGCGCCUCUUCAAAGAAAAUAAAAGAAAUCCAAAAACACAAGACGGUCAGCUCAGGCUCUAUGAGCGCACGAUUUCUUAACCCACUAAAAUCUGCAAACCAAACAUUAUAGUCUUUAGAAAAGAACUGAUCCGCUCUGCUACCACAAUCAAAAACAUUAAAAAUAAGAAAGCUGACAAAACUACAGCAGAGUAUCAGGGCCACAUUGAGAAUUUUUUUUAAAGACUUGGAGAUUAAAGCUGUAGAUUUAGGAGAAUAAAGUCAUAAAGUAAAUAAAGUCAAAAAGCUGCUUUUGUGGAGGGGGAAAUGACUGAAGCUGGUCAUCUCCAGGGUUAUUGGUGGAUGUAUCAGCGGGUCAUUCAGAGAGAUUUUGUGGUUUCUGAAGAAACAAUCCAACUGAUGAUCAACAUUUGUGAUCCAGAGGGAGUUGGGCUCUGAUGUGCACCAUGUCUCUGGCACCUGCAGUAACCUCCACCUGCAGAGACACCAACACCUUAUAGUGGCAUAUGGAUCAUGCACUAAAGCCCAAUGUCAUUCAUGGAUAUUUGUGGCUGCAUAAACAGAUAUAUCCUCAGCAUAUUCAUUUCUGCCUCCACAAAAGCAUAAAUUUCCUCCAAGUACACCUGUUUUUUUUUUUUGUUUAGUUUUUUUCUGUGUAAAAGACGUAUUUCUCAGAAAUUCUUUUUAAAGUCUUCAUACUUGUGACAAUGUAAUGCUGAUGUGCCAGAGGAUGAAGUAUUUCCUUUUUUGUGAAACCUGUACUGAAGCACAGUUCCUUCAAAUGCUUCAUGGCCCUAAUUUUAACAACUCUCCUCUGGUUUCCUCAGGAGGGUAGACUGUCCCAAUUCACAAAAGCUGAUCCACCUUACCCAGGGUACUCAGGGUACAAACAAAGGGCAGUGCAGUCGGCAGUGUGCAGACCCUGGAUUGAGACACAGCCUAUGUACCACAAAGAUCAGAGACUGUUGUCCUCAGAGGAGAACUUGAUUCAGAGCUGAAGAUCUGAGCAGCAGUGGCGGCUGCUUCGAGAAAUUUAUCAACAGCAUUUAUAGAAGUUUGAAAGAGAGUUUUUACCUGCUGAAGCAGCUCUCAGUUUUCUUGACUGUAGGUGGAAAACUUGGAGGCUCAGAUUUAUACAGUAUACUGUGUUGUUGUGUUUAGUUGGUAGAAUAAAAAAACAUUUUUGUGGAAAAGAAACUGGGAAAUUCACAAAUGCUGAUUUCUGUCUCCCUCUCUGGACACCAGUUCCCAUCAGCCCCCGGUGGAAGCAUGGCCGGAGAUGUUGUUGACAGCAGAGGGGACUCCCGGUGAUGGUCACUGGAUGGUUCGUCAGGGAGGCGCGGGUCCGGACUCGGUGUUGCGACAGCUGUUGGGGAAGGACAUGUCGGACUCUCUGUGUCCCAGGGAGAGGCUCCCUCCUGCAGGUGGCCUCAGCAGAGAUGGCCCCUGUGGCCCUGGGGCCCCUGGAGCCCGCAGGCCAGGGCUGGUGGAGAGGAGAGAGCUGAAACUGGCGAGACUGAAGCAGAUCAUGCAGCGCUCUCUGAGUGAAUCAGACACAGACGGUUACCCCCCAGAGGAGGGCAAAAACCAAGGAGCUGCAAACUCUCAGCGACCUGAUAGGCCGUCCCACCUGCCAAUUACAGAGGAGGAGCCGGCGUCUAACCACCUUAACCUGAUGAUGAGGAAGCACCUGCCCUCCUCUGCCUCAUCUUCAACCGCUGAGAGGAAGCUGGCGUUUUCUCUCAGCGGGUCAAAGUCAGUGGACAGCAUUGGUUAUAAUGCCUCCCCCACCUCCAGCGACCCUGAGGCAACAGAGGCCAAAACAGCGGACGCUUCCACCGACCUCCACGAUGCCAAUGGUCAGAAGGUCGCCACAAGUCCCAAGAGCGCCCUGAAGUCACCCUCAUCCCGCAGGAAGACGUCUCAAAACCUUAAACUGAGGGUCACCUUUGACGAGCAGGUGCAUAAGAGCUCCAAUCAGGAGGCAGAGCAGGCCAAAGGGCAUCAUGGGAAGGAAAGGACUCCAACUGGUAGCUCUGAGAGCAAGCGACCAUUCGGGGCGUUUCGCUCCAUCAUGGAGACGCUGAGCGGGAACACAAACCACAACAACAACAGUGGAGCUCAGUCAGGCUCUGCUGUCAAACUGUCGACAUGUCAGAGCUCACCUGGCAGGAAGUCAGAAAGUAAAGGUAGCCCAGGGGGCGGAGCCAAGGGCAAGAGCAGAACCAGUAAUGUUUAACCAACAAACCCACCAACCAGCCAGUGCCUACUGAGGUCAGAGAGCACAAAAUUAGAGACAGAGGAAGAUGUAAGAGGAGGGGAACACGAGAAAUGUACUGAUUGACAGGACAGAGCACACACAUGCAGAGUUCACCUUCCUUCAGAUCAACCCUGUCAGUUUGAUGGGUAAAAACCUGCACACUCCAGGUCCACACAACUUUUGUUUUCAGCACUUUUUUAGCACUUCAACAUGUCAACAUUACCUGACAGUAUUACCUUUCAUUUCUGCUCUUUUACUCUUACAUUUAGUUUUUUUAAAUAACUUCACUGUUACAUUUCUCAUGUUCUUUGCCUCAAACAUUUGACUUGUAAGUGGUUUGGAUCAUGUUUAAGGAUCAAAAGAUGGAAACAGAAACUGUUUCAGCUUUUCUGUCGGUCAAACUGUAUUUUUGUGUUUUUUAAGAAAAACAAUCACGACAAAGUUUAGAGAGACAAGCUUGUGAUUAAUGAAUUUUUUUAACAGAAUGAAGGAAGUUUGAGUUUUUAUCAUCCUGCAGAAACAUCACAUCUCAGAAAAACAAACUUCUCAUACAUUUGUAGCUUCGUCAUGGACGUUUACUCCAGAAUAUUCACCAAAAACUCUUCUCAAACGAAAUCUGUCGUAAAGGUUUCUCUCUCUUUUUUUGCCACUCUGUCACUGUGUAAAGAAGAAAUGUUAGUAUUUAUGUUAAUGCACACUCGUAUUAUUUUAAAAACUGUGGUUACAAUCACGCACGUUGCUAACGUGCACCAGCACAACUUUAAAACACUUUUAAAACCACUGUAUAUGUAGGGGUAUUUAAUUUUUUAUCUCUUAUUUUAGUUUUUUUUUAUUGUUAUUAUUUCUGUGGUUAUCUAUGCAGUAUUUUUGGUAUGAAGUAGACUGAUGUUGUGAGAUGAGACGAGAUGUCAGAGGAUGCACCUUCUACAAUCAGGCUAGUUAUAUGAAUGAAAAGAGAGAAAAGCAUCAAAAACUGCCAGUCCAGAGAUUUAAGCCAGUGUUAAGAAAACUGUAAAUGGGAGAGUCAGGCUGUAAUGUGACUCUCUGAUCCAGAGUUUGGUGAAAUUUGGUACUUUGGAUCUGCGUUUGCAUUGAAAAGGAGCAAAAACAACUGCAGCAGAGGAGGCCCGGGGGUACUACAGAUAAAAAUCACUAAAACUGAAGGUUUUUACGGCUCUUCGUUCAGCCUAUUUUAAGGUUUACACCCAUGAACCCAUGUGUUUAAGUUGCCUCCCAUACAUGGUCAAGUCUUCUUUGUUUAACAAAGAGGGCAGUGGGUGAGUCUGUAAUGGCAGGACAUGACAUUGAAUGAUUAAGGACAAAGCUUCAGAAAUGUAACCCAACAAAUGCGCAGACAUUGUCACUGUUCUCAUCUUUGAAAUAAUUCUACUUCUAUAACCAUAGAUGUUUAUAUCAAUCACAUGACUGUUUUUCUUGAUCUGCACCUGUCCGAUAAUAUCAACCCCAUAACGCCUGCCUGCUCCCUCGGCUUAUCCCAAAUUCAUGCAGGAAUUUGACCAGGAGUCUGGCAGGAAAAAUCCAGACAAAGUCAGAGAGAAAAGAAUCAUCUGUUUGUGUUCAUAUUAGCAGACCCUGAAAUUUAGGGAAGUGUUAGGGUUUUGUGCAUAUGUAAAAAAACAAAACAAAACAAAAAAAAAACAAUACUGCAGAUUACAUACUUUAUUUGACUGUAUCCACCUCUCAGUGUUGAGGGAUUUGAAAUACAAGAAAAAAGAUUCAACCUCACCACAGAAACAGACAUUUUCCAUCAGUAUUCGCACAGAAAAAAAAAGAAACUUAGAGUCUACUUCUGUGAUUUCUUCAGGCUGUCAAUAGUGGAAAAAAAAAAACAUUAAACCACAACAGCACCAUCUAGAGGCUGCAGGGUUCAUUACAUCUUAUAAUUUAUCAUUUUUGUCAUUUUAACAGUUCUGUGUUAAGUUUUUUUUUUUUUUUUUUUUGACGUAUUCGUAAUGGAAAAUAUGUCAGUGGUGGCACCAACAUUAAUGUAAAGGGCCAGGCUUUGACCGUCCACAAGUUUUGACCAUUUACUCUCGCUCAGAGUUGUUAAAUGAACCAACUUCCAACCUUUACGGAAAUUUAACAGUGACUGAAAAGUUAUUCUAAGAUUAUCUGAGUCGUUGUUUCUAAGUUUCAAGUAAACAAAGACAACCCUCGCAGAUGUCUCUUUUCAAAGUCUUCCCGUCUGUGGUAUGUAUAAAAACUGUCUUAUCAGAAAUCUGAUUACAGCCUUCACUCUUCUACUUUCAGCUCUGGGUUAUUGACCCUUUCCUCUGUGUUUUUGAUGCAUGUUUACAUUGAUAGAAAUCUGAAUGUAGCAGAACUGAUGUGAUCCUAACCUGUGGAGGAUUAGUUCACAGAUUACCAGAUUACUCAUGUGGUUCACAUGAAACUGUCUUCUGUUUACCACUUUAAGAGUUGACACACUCCCUGUUUCAAAGUCUGAGUGAUGACUGUGGAUGUUUUUGAGGUUGUGGAGUCUGAGAGGAUUUACCUGGCUGUGUCCAGUCUGCAGAGGCUGAUUUAAUAAAGGAGCAGUCUGACAUUUUAGUGUCUUCUGGGAAUGUGCAGUUCAAGCUGUUUGUGCCAGAGAAGACGGAUUAUAUUUGGUUUUUAGUACAUUUCAAUCAGCUUAAUACAAAGAUCAAACCUUUUAAAAAAGUCAGGUGUGUUAAAUAUCUUUGAAGGUGAUUAUAAAACUACAAACUCAAAGUGUUUUCAGGAGGAUUUCUGUCUCUGUCAGAGUGUCAGGUAAACUUUCCGCCUCUGCUGUCUCAAAAUUCACCUCCUUGCCCGAUCAGUGUUCAUUCUGUAGGUUUAUCAUGUUUAUGAGAUUGUUUUUGAAAGGCUGUUUUUCAUUUUGAAGUGUCUUCAUUGUAACCACUCCAUCAAGAUGAGAGGAAAAAAAUAAAUAAACUCCAACUUUUUGUGAGAAAAAACAUUGCAC